AUAAAUGUUUUUACGUCGUAAACAGUCCUUUAAUUUACACUAAAGGGAUGGUGAAACAUUUAAUAAAUACGCUUGUGUUCGGCUUUUUCGCUAUUUUGUCAUCGCCUAUAUAUGGCAAGGAGAAAAUAGAUAUACCGACAGUAAGUACAAAGAAUGUGACAGCGCACUAUUGUCCGUUUCCAUGUACAGCUGGCAACGCGACAUUAUGUUAUCCACCCCCGUGUCCUCCGCCGCCAUGCGUGGAUCCUGCAAAGUAUCAGCCGACAGAUUGCUGCGAAUACUGUCCCCAUGGCCCUGAUUGCCGAGGCCCUGACCAGCAUAUUAUUCGAUACAACCACUGGAAAAUCAUUGACGGGAAAAAUUGUACUUGCAAAUAUAUAACACAGGAUGCCAUCUGUGUUUGAAAUUCAUGAAGUGUUUCAAUAAAUAAAAAUGUUAUUCACAGAC